AUGUCUACACGUCCUGCCACACAUGCCGGUUCCUGGUACUCGAACCGUGGCUCAGAGCUAUCGUCGCAAUUGAAAGGCUAUCUGAACGACACUGAGAGGAGGGAUGGUGCUGUUUCCAACGCCAGGCUGAUUAUUUCACCUCACGCUGGUUACCGUUAUUGCGGAGCCACGAUGGCUCAUGCAUAUGCUUCGCUGGAUAUCAGUCCUGCGAUUAAGAGAGUGUUCAUACUGGGACCGUCUCAUCAUGUUUAUUUCAGAAACCAGAUUUUCCUGACAAGGUUCCAUUCGUUAGAGACACCCUUGGGCAGCUUACAAGUGGACGUGGAAGUGGUGGAAAAACUGCACAAGCUACACGAGGGCCAUCUCUUUGUUCCCAUGGAUAACGAUACCGAUAUGGGGGAGCAUUCGCUGGAAAUGCAAUUCCCCAUGUUGGUGCAAACUCUGCAAUGGCGGGGUGUUCCCGUGAAUGGCGUCAAAGUCGUGCCCAUGAUGGUUUCACACAACAGCGCAGAGGUCGAUUCUGCAGUGGGAAUGGCUUUGAAGGAGUAUCUCGCGGAUCCAAGCAAUUUGUUCAUCAUCAGCAGCGACUUUUGCCAUUGGGGCCGCAGGUUUGCAUACACCGGCUACGUUGGUAGCCAGGACGAGCUGGAAGACGCCCUCCAGGAGGAAACGGAGAUUGAGAUGCUGACCGCGAGAAGUAAGCUAUCUCACCAUCAGGUUGACGUCUGGCAGUCGAUCGAGCUGCUCGACAGAAUGGCGAUGAAAGUACUGAGUGAGAGUGCAGACGACGCAAAGUACAAUGCGUGGAAACAGUAUCUGGACAUCACGGGAAACACGAUAUGCGGAGCAAGACCGAUCGCUGUUGUCCUGAGCGCUCUCCAGACAGUCCGUGUGCCGGCAGGCAAGACUCGGUUUGAGUGGCCCAGCUAUUCACAAAGCUCUCACGUCAAGAGCUUGGACGAGAGCAGCGUUAGCUAUGCGGCGGGAUAUGCCGUUAUAGAGUGA